UUCGUUUUUCAUGCAGCUGUUGUCAGUAAUUUUUCACAUUGAAUGUAAGAGCUCUAGCCGCGAAUGAACUGCUGCAGAUUGAAGGAGUUUAAGAUUGGUGAGAACCCCAGGCAUUCUUCUAACUCUAGCCUAUCUGAGCCAAUCUAAUCUGUGGCGGUUUUAUCAUUUGGCUUUCAUGCAACGACAAGAAUCUGCGCUAUCAACUCAAGUUCUAUCACAACUUAAUGUUUAUUAAUGUUUGAAUACUCAUGAAACGUUGAAAACGACUUUGUCGACCCGAGCUGUCAGCCCCAUCCAAGAGGCUUUUUGUUUCUCUUCAUAGAACGCAAGACCUUUUGUCUGGGCUUCACAAGUGACUGACAAAAGCAAAAGCAUAGCGGUCGACAGCUGUACGAGAUUUGGCUGGAGAAGUCGCUUUAGCCGGUUUUCUUGAAGACGGUAUUAUCGAAAAUCAAAAUUGCGGUUCAGAUUUUCAAGAACUUUGUCUAUUCACUACUUUCAAAUUUGACAUUACUCGGGCAGAAUAAUUAUAUAAUUUCAGUUUAUUUCAAAAGAGAGAGAGGAAUAACUAAUGGACUAACUGAUAAAGAUUGGAACAAAGAUGUUGCUUGUUCUCGUUUUGCUCUUGUCUUCUUUUCCGCUUCUUGUCAGCUCGGCAUCUACUGCGUCAGUCUUUGAAGCCAGUGAGCUGCCGACAACGGACCUCAUGGCUUCCGUAGGCAACGGCUACCUCGCCACGACCGUCUACAGCCCCACCAUCUACGUAUCUGGUGUAUUUAAUGGAAGAAACACCUCUUCUCCGAGUCACCGGGCAAGGAUUCCUUCGCCGUGCGACAUAUCUGUGAGGUCAAACAUCCCGCGGGAUUCAACCACGAACUUAUAUCGACUGAAUGUCUCCGAAGGUGUGUUUCAUUAUUACCAAACGGCUGAUAAGUUUCAAUUAGAACAAAAGAUCUACGCUCACAGAGUUCUGGAACAUGUGAUCGUUUCCGAGUUGUCGGUCACAAAUGAUAGAGAAGAUGAUGUGGCCAUAGUCCUGGACACUCGCUUCAAUCCUAAGGCUACCAGUGACAUCGACUUCAAAAUUUAUACAGAAAGUGAGAAAGCCUACUUGGAAAGGUUCUAUUGGAAAAGCACAGAAACAGGUGUUAAUGAUUACAAGGCUAUGAUUGGCUAUAUCAAGGAGCCCGAGGAACCGGAUAGCGCGCGAAUUGGGGUUGCUGUGGUAUGGAGCGACGUUCCAGGCCCUACUACCAUCCCAAAGAAAUCUUCCAAAAAGUGGUACUUUGUGACAGCGGUAGCUAGCAGCCUGGAUGCGCAGGACUUUCUGCACGGUGCUUAUAAUGCUUACGAAGAAGCGUUGAGGGAUCCAGAAGGGCUUCUAGAUAGCCACGUGACUGCCUGGGAGAAACUUUGGGGGGAAGGGAGGGUUGACAUGAAGGGGAACUUACCACUGGCCCAAGCAGUUUAUGGCAGCCUCUAUUAUAUCCUGAGCUCUAUUCGCGAGUCGUGGCCAUACGGACUGAGCCCUGGGGGACUCGCCAGUGAUGGUUACUACGGCCACACCUUCUGGGACCAGGAGACCUGGAUGUACCCCCCUGUCCUGAUUCUGUACCCAGGCCUAGCGCGGAGCUGUCUGGAGUACCGUGUUGACAGGCUGGCUGCGGCAAAAGAGAGGGCGGCUCAACGAGGUUACAAAGGAGCCAUGUUCCCUUGGGAAAGCGCUGUGACCGGGCACGAGGUGUGUCCCGGACAAGUGUACGCAGACUUCGAGCAGCACAUUACGGGCGACAUAGGAUUCGCUGCCAAACAAUACUACAUUGCCACGCAUGACCAGGCCUGGCUUAACGACCCAGGACAAAGGCUUAUCUACGGCACUGCAGAAUUCUGGGCCAGCAGGGCUGUGUUCGACGAAUCACGAGACGCCUACGUGAUCAAUCACGUGAUGCCUCCAGAUGAGUACCGUUCGAAUGUCGAUAACUCCGUUUACACGAACGUCAUCGCUAAACUGAACCUAGAAUUUGCAGCGAGUGUUCUCCAAGAUGUUCCAGCUAACUGGAGUAGAAUAGCGGAGAAGAUGUUCAUACCGUUUGACACUAAACGCCAGUACCACCCUGAAUACGAGGGUUAUGACCUGACGGAGGUGAAACAAGCCGAUACCAUACUUCUGGGCUACCCACUCAUGUACCCGAUGAGCAAGGACAUCCGACGCAAUGACUUGAACGUGUACGAGCCCCGGACAGACCCGGACGGUCCGGCCAUGACCAAAUCCAUGUUCGCCGUCAACUGGCUUGACAUAGGAGAGACAAAGAAAGCGGAGGACUCGUUUAACAAGAGUUACUUGAACGUCGAGGAGCCGUUUAAAGUGUGGACCGAGACACCGGGCGGGGGUGCGGUGAAUUUUAUCACGGGGGCAGGCGGAUUCCUCCAAGCAGUCCUUUCAGGCUAUACUGGUCUAAAAUUAACCGAAAAGCAUUUAGAGUUCAACCCCAGGCUUCUCCCGGCCACGUCCGAAGUCAGGGUUACCGGUGUAAAUUACCUCGGAAAUAGCUUCAACGUCGUGGUUGGUAGAGAAUCCUCUGACGUCACUGUGACGUCACGAGAAUCUUCGGCCCCGAGCCUUGAGGCUGUGGUGAAGUCCACGGGUCAGCGGCACAUGCUGAAGGUUGGAGACGCAGUGAGUUUACGUAACGAGAUGGUGUAUAUUCAGGCGUCGGCGGGCCCGAGGAGAAGGGACCUGGGGAGGAUGUGGGUUAGAGGGUAAAGCCCCUACGGGGGGAGGGGUGGGUGGAGUUCCAGUGUAGACAUCCCUGUCGAAGGGAUUCGGUUCGCAAAUUUUUCUCGGUUAAAAACGUAUCACUGACGGGACAAUAUCUCAACUUUAUCUAGAAUAUGUUUCUUGAAAUUAUGUUUUACAAAAGGCUACGCCCUUGUCUAUGAGUCGAAGCUGGAGAGGAGAGGUUUUGUAGAUGUAGGUUGGACGACAGACACACUAUUUUUUUUAGAAAAUAUUGUUUGAGCCAAUCAGAAUCAGGGAUGCGUCUUGCGAACAAAUCACAAAUAUCGAAGCGAUAUUCGUGGACGAUUUCACAAUGGCUACAAGCAUUUAAUUAAAGGAGUUAUUUUUCUAGAACACUUGCGCGUAAUCUCCCUUUCUGAUUGGUUGUUAACUAUAGUAAAUCAGGACAUAACGGGAUUUGUCAUCUCCAGAAAGGCGCCGCCUCUUGAUUCCGCAACAUUUUCAUCAUGAGGGGACGAAUAUUGUGGUGUAUAAGAGUACAUACCACGGAAAACUAGGACUAAAUUUGUUAAAUUGCUCUUGCUUAAAUCACUUGGAUGGCAAACGUUACAGGGAAGUCAACCGAACGGAAUUGGUGUUGGGGGGUCCUUAGGGAGUAUAUGCGGGGAUAAAUCAAUGUCGACUCUUAGUUAAUUAUUUUUAAUGCUUUGAAAUCUUUCACACACGUUAUUACAAUUAAAAAGUAAGAAAUAAGACGCGAGAGACGUUGAAGUAAGGUAGCAUGUCAAGUCUAGUAACUAUGAUAUUUGGACGUUAUCACACGGGAGCAGUAUAACUUUAAAAUAUGAAAUGUACGUGACGUUGAAGUAAAACGUGACGAGAAAUAGUGAUGUCAUAAGAGUAUGUUAAUAUGACAUCACAGAUUGACGCCAUAAAACUUGAGCAAGAAGUGUCACAUAGUGUGUCCUCUUGACCAGGAGGGAUAAUAAAUAAAUACAUAUAUACGUUUACUAGUUUGUAGAAUGGAUGUGUACGGUAAAUACUUAAGAUAAUUAAAAUUUCUUAUUAUA